ACUAGAGAAAUGGAAAGGAUCCUCGUUUUGCUGCAACUGUUGCUAGUAGGAGCGACCGCAAAUGCAGCUGCAUCCACCAAUAUUUCACUGCCAGGGUGUAAAGACUCAUGUGGCGACAUCAGUAUCCCCUACCCUUUUGGUAUUGGCGCUGGAUGCUUCCGAGACGAAGGCUUUGAGAUCCAAUGCAAAGAGGUUGGUGGGAAGACGAAGGCUUUCUAUGGUGGCGUCAAUAGCUCCCUUGGUGCCAUUGACAUCUCAUUGUUAGAAGGCCGAGCACGAAUGCUCAAGUAUCUGUCCUAUGCUUGCUACAACAAGUCUGGCGGCCUCGUGGAAAAUCAGACAUCGUACUUGAAUUUGAGUGGCGUCCCGUUCACGAUCUCUGCCGCCCAGAACAAAUUCACUGCCUUGGGGUGUGAUACCCUCGCGUACAUAGAGGGAGACAAACACUAUGAAAGUGGUUGUGUAUCCAUCUGUACUAAUUUGACUACUUUGACUAAUGGCUCAUGCACGGGCACCGGCUGUUGCCAGACUUCCAUUCCAGAUAACCUUGUCUACUUCGACUCCGAAUUGUAUACUAAUUACCGCCGUAGAUAUGCCCCUGAAAAUUAUCCCUGCAGCUACGCCUUCGUAGCAGAUAAGGAUUCGUUCACUUUCAAUUCUUUGGAUUUGGUGGGUCGGAGUUUCCUCAAUAAAUACGAGGACGGGGUCCCUCUGGUGAUGGACUGGGUCGUUGGAAGUGAGAGGUGUGAUACAGCACCGCACAACGCCUCCUAUGCGUGCAGAAACAUUAACAGCGUGUGUGUAAACUCUUCCUCUGGUCAAGGCUACCUUUGUAACUGCUCUGAAGGUUAUGAAGGAAAUCCCUACCUUCAAGAUGGAUGCCGAGAUAUCAACGAGUGUGAUCAUCCUGAUCCAGAUAAGUAUCCAUGCAAAGGUCAUUGCUCAAACACAGAAGGGAGCUAUAAUUGUUCAUGCCCACCCGGUUACCACAGCAAUGACCCGAAAAAGGUGGAGUGCAAUCCAGAUCCUCGUCCGGCUAAACUUCAGCUUUGGGUGAAGUUGGCUCUAGGGAUUGGCAUUGGUAUCGUUUUACUACUUGUUUUCCUCUUUGGCACAUUUGUGGAGAGGGAAAAAAGAAAGCUCGCUAGAGAGAAAGAAAGGUUCUUUCAAAAAAAUGGAGGCCUGCUAUUGUAUGAAGAAAUCAAGUCGAAGGAUUCUAGACGUUGGGCUUCAUUCAAGAUAUUUGAAAAAGAAGAGAUGGAGAAAGCAACAAACAAUUUCGACAACAAUCUAAUCCUUGGGCGCGGAGGGCAUGGGACAGUUUAUAAGGGAACUUUGGAAGGAAACAUAACUGUUGCCAUAAAAAAGUCUAGGAUGAUUGAUGAGAGCCAGAAGGAAGAAUUUGUGAAGGAGAUUCUAAUCCUCUCUCAGAUCAAUCAUAAGAAUGUGGUCAAGCUCUUGGGGUGCUGCUUAGAGGUUGAAGUCCCGAUGCUGGUAUAUGAAUUUGUUUCAAACGGGACUCUUCAUGACUGUAUCCAUGGCAAGAAUCAACAGCAGUUUAUCCCCUUAGACAUCCGUUUUCGUAUUGCAAUAGAAUCUGCCGAAGCGCUUGCCUAUUUGCACUCAUCAGCUUCACCUCCCAUCCUUCAUGGUGAUGUCAAGUCCUCUAACGUACUUUUAGAUGAAAACUACGUGCCAAAAGUGUCUGAUUUCGGUGCUUCAACUCUAGUAGCCUUGGACGAAACUCAAUUUGCUACAAUAAUACAGGGAACUUGUGGUUAUUUGGACCCAGAGUACUUGCAAACACACAUUAUCACAGAGAAAAGUGAUGUGUACAGCUUCGGUGUAGUUCUUCUCGAAUUGCUUACGAGGAAGAAGGUAUUUUGGUUUGAUGACUCCAAAACAGAGAAGAGUCUUGCAUCUACCUUUCUCUCUUUGUUGAAAGAAGGCCGUCAAAUGGAGGUUUUUGAUACUCAGCUUAGCAGUGGAGCGCGGGUGGGUGAAGGGCAAAUGGAGGUAUUACUUGAAGUUUCGUAUAUUGCGAAGCAAUGCCUUAGCAUGACGGGAGAAGAAAGGCCCACCAUGAAAGAAGUGGCGGAGGAGCUUCAGAAGUUGAAAAAGUUCAAUCAGCAUCCUUGGGAGCAGCAUAAUAAGCCUGAAGAACUGGAGAUCUUGCUUGGUGAUUCAUCAGCCUGCUCUGCUGGUGAUGCUACUGGACACUAUAGUUUGGAGAAUAGGGCAGUGCUGAGCAUCGAAGGUGGGCGCUAAAGCUGUGUGUUUCUCCGUAAGUAAUUUAAGAUUUGAUGUAACUGUAAACUUGCUAUUUUCUUCUUAGUGAUUGUAAUAGACUACUAAAGUUGCCUGUUGUUUCCUGGGUCUAGUGAUUGUUGUAGACUAUUAAUAUUAGUGAGUGUAUGCUUUUGAAUUGUGC